CAAACACAGUACAGUGAAAUAUAUUAUAUUAUAUUUAUAAGUUACCCCUUCUGUCUGUGGUAUAGUAUGGUUUAGAAACUGAUACGUUUAUUGUUUACAACGGUUUCCACCGAAACCAACGACGCGUGGGAACCGUAAAGCAUGAUGGGUUGAAAUAAAAUGCAAUGAGAAACACCAGCGAAAGCUGCGACAGAUUAACCAAUAACUACACCAAAUGCGUAACGGCGUAGCCAAUAGGAGAUAUGUGCGAUCGGGUUCGGUCAGUUACACACCCACAUUACUUUCUGUCAACCACUACUUAGCGGGAGUUGUAGCUGUGAAACCAAGCGUCCAUACAGCGGAGACAACCGGCGUUGGAUUAAUUAGGGCAACCAUGUCUGACAGAAAAGCAGUCAUAAAAAAUGCGGACAUGUCGGAGGAGAUGCAGCAGGACGCAGUGGAGUGCGCCACGCAGGCACUGGAGAAGUAUAACAUCGAGAAAGACAUCGCUGCAUACAUCAAGAAGGAGUUUGACAAGAAGUAUAACCCUACCUGGCAUUGCAUCGUAGGGAGGAACUUUGGCAGCUAUGUGACCCAUGAGACCAAGCAUUUCAUCUACUUCUACUUGGGCCAGGUGGCCAUCCUGCUUUUCAAAUCUGGCUAAGCGGCCCCAGCCCCUUCAACACCAACUGACCAUUAAAUACUGACUCGACAGAAAGGCCAUCACCCUGGUCAAUGGGGACUGCCUUGUUCUGUGCUGCUUUGUUUAAGAAAAAAAAAUACAUGGCCAUGUGAGAUUAAACACUUGUAUUUAUUUUUGUUUUCUACUACAGUAGAUUUGAUGUCACCGGUUUUUAUUUUUAUUAAAGCGAUAUUGUUUGGCUCUGUA